UUUUGUUUUUUAAUCUCAUCUCCUUUUUAAAGUUCUUUGCUGUAGUAGUGCUUUAAUUGCCAACUAUUGAGCAAUAGCGUGCUAUAUAAAGCUCAUGAAGAAGCCAUUGUUGUUAUUUUUCUCAAAGGACAUUUCAGUUUUUCUGCAACCAUGUUCUUGUCCUCUUGCAUUUCCCAUCCUCUAAUCUCACCCAAGAUUAGUCACUUUGGUCAGCCAAGUAAUCUUCGCCGUAAUGUGGAAGUGGACAAAAGAUUCACUUCUGCUCUCAAAACCAGGGGCACAGAUCAGCCCAGUCAGCAAGCAAGCAUUGGAGCUGGCUUACUUGGUGAAUGGAGUUUUGCUAGAGGAACAAGACUUGUUGGAAAAAAAGUUUCAACGUUUGUUCCCUUUAGAAAAAGCUUUGAAGUACAAGCUUCAUGGUUGACAACUUCUCAAAUCGCCAGCAGCAUGUUUACCUUGGGAACGGCAGCGGUUCUUCCAUUCUAUACUCUCAUGGUUUUUGCUCCGAAAGCUGAAUUGACUAAAAAGACCAUGGAAAGCGGUGUCCCCUUUAUAGUGCUUGGGCUUCUCUAUGCAUACCUGCUAUACCUGUCGUGGACGCCUGAUACAUUAAGGCUGAUGUUUGCUAGUAAAUACUUGCUACCAGAGCUAUCUGGUAUGGCCAAAAUGUUCUCUAGUGAAAUGACGUUGGCUUCUGCAUGGAUUCAUUUAUUGGCUGUAGAUCUCUUUGCUGCUAGGCAGGUUUUCAACGAUGGACUGCAAAACCAAAUCGAGACUCGGCACUCGGUUUCUCUUUGUCUGAUGUUUUGCCCCAUUGGAAUUGUUACUCAUUUUGUUACCAAAGCAGUUGCAGGAACUGCUGCUGCAGAUGACAGACAUAGGCACUGAGAUUUACUGUAUUUCAGUAACAUUCAACUACUAAUCCAUUUGUAUGGAACAAAUUGUGUUGUUUCUGUAAUUUCACUUGGAACAUCAUCAAAAACAUCAAUUUCCUAUGUUUCUUCAUGUUUAUCAAAGCAAUUCAUUAAUGGUCCCCUUUCCCUUAUCAAA